CGAGGGCGGCCAGGGGGCGCAUCCUUUAGGGUGGAAAACGCCGAGCGCGUGCAAGGGGCGCGUCCAUUUUACGCCGGGCGCAUCCUUCAUGGCGAGCGGCGAGCCUCACCUGCGCGAAGGCGGGUGCCAAAAUCAGGUGUGCGACCCUGAGCUGGCACGUGCGCUGCGUCCACUCUUGGCGCCGCCCUGCUUUGCGCCGCCUUUCAAUGCGCUCGGGGUCUCCACGAUUUGCGACGUGGACAUGCCAAACGAGCUGGCACUACAAAUCGCCUGCUUGCUUGAUGUCGGCUCGCUGGAUGCGCUUGCGGGUGCAUCCACCUCCUGGCGCGCGGUCUCUCGCGCCAAGGAAGUGGAGGAAGCGCUCGUGCGGCGGUGGUGCGCGGCGGCCACUCCGGAGGCCACUCGGCUUGACGCGCGCAGCCUGUGCAGAUCGUUCGAGCGACUGACCCUCGCCGCGGCUGCCUGCGAGGACGGCUGGGAUGCCGUGCUGUGGCAGGCGGCCGCUCUCGGCUGCAUCCAUGGCGUCCUCCUCGCCCUCGAGCGAGGAGCACGCCUCGAGUACUCUGGCGGGCGGCGGGAGGGGACCGCCCUCUGGUGCGCAGCCAAGUUUGACCAGGUCGAGGUGGUCGCGCUGCUUCACCGCGCCGGCGCCAACAUCGAAACGGGCGGCGGGAUCAACUCGGAGUCCAGCCCGUUGUGGGUCGCGGCACAACAGGGCCACGCGCGGACGGUGCAAUACCUGCUGGAGCACCGAGCAGACCCGAACUCGCGCAGUCGCAAUGGGAACCCGGUGCUCAACGUCGCGGUCAUGCAACACGACAUGGGGGAAUCCGUUGCCGUUCUGUCGGGCCUGCUAGAGCAAAUGACAACCCCGCCUUGGUAGGCCGCGCGACAGCUGUUACCCCGCGCAGGGAGCUUGGCAGGGCAUGCCUUUUUCGGCUGUGAAGA